CAGACACAGUAAAGUGGUACCCACUUCGAUCCUCUUAAAUUCCAGGUGGCAUCACCCAAUUGGUGGAAGCACCUCUUUAAAGGCGUCAACAACAGAGUGGGUUGGUGAACUUGUUUCAUAAAACCCCGAAAUCCAGAGUCCAGUGAAAUCGAAAUUAGCAGAAAUUCUCGAUAGCUACAAAUUUUCAUUGAGUAUCUAAUCCCAAACCUGAAAAAUUUAUAAUUUGGUUCUUUUCUAUUGAAUUUUUAUUGGUUGCUACAUUCAAGUGAAAUAUAAAAUUGUUGAGGAAGGUAAAAAUGGCGACAAGAGGAGAGCAGCCGCAAUUCAUAGUAAGUCCGGGGAAUGAAUUCGUUGGUAACAGUAACAGUAGUCAUGUCAGGCUCAGGUUAAUCGACUCCAUUGACAACGAACAAAUUAUUGUCUCUGAGAAGAAAAGCUGGAGAAACUUCUUUUCAUACAUGGGUCCUGGGUUCCUUGUCUCCAUUGCUUACAUUGAUCCAGGAAACUUUGAAACGGAUCUUCUGUCUGGUGCACAAUACAAGUAUGAGUUACUUUGGAUCAUAUUGUUAGCCUCAUGUGCAGCCCUCAUUAUUCAGUCAAUGGCUGCUAACCUUGGGGUUGUUACAGGGAAGCAUUUGGCAGAACACUGCAAAUUUGAGUACUCAAAAGUGCCGAACUUCAUUUUAUGGAUUUUGGCUGAAAUUGCGAUUGUUGCUUGUGAUAUUCCUGAAGUGAUUGGAACCGCAUUUGCAUUGAAUAUGCUAUUCAAAAUUCAUGUGUGGGCUGGUGUUCUUCUAACUGGGCUUAGCACUCUGGUUCUUCUUGCAUUACAGCAAUAUGGGGUGCGCAAACUUGAAUUCUUGAUUAGUUUUCUGGUUCUUACAAUUGCUGCAUGCUUUCUUGUUGAGCUUGGAUAUGCCAAACCCCAAGCUUCGGAAGUCAUGCGUGGACUUUUUGUUCCUCAACUCAAAGGAGAUGGUGCAACUGGGCUUGCCAUUUCCUUACUUGGUGCUAUGGUUAUGCCCCACAAUCUCUUCCUCCAUUCAGCAUUAGUACUUUCUAGAAAAAUACCACGUUCUGUUGGUGGUAUCAAGGAAGCUUGCAGAUACUAUCUGAUAGAAAGUGGGAUUGCUUUGGCCGUUGCUUUCCUCAUCAAUGUAUCGGUUAUAGCUGUCAGUGGUGCUGUUUGUAGUUCUUCAAACUUGAAUAUGGAAGAUGAAAAGAGCUGCAAAGAUCUGGACUUGAACAAAGCAUCUUUUCUACUCAAGAACGUAUUGGGUAACUGGAGUUCAAAACUUUUUGCAAUAGCCUUGCUGGCUUCUGGUCAGAGCUCCACAAUAACUGGAACAUAUGCUGGUCAAUACGUCAUGCAGGGUUUUCUUGAUCUACGAAUGGAGCCAUGGAUCAGGAACAUGCUGACUAGAUGCUUGGCUAUCAUCCCCAGUUUAGUUGUUGCCCUUAUUGGUGGUUCUGCAGGAGCAGGGCAGUUGAUCAUUAUUGCUUCAAUGAUCUUGUCAUUUGAACUUCCAUUUGCUCUCGUUCCACUUCUCAAAUUUACCAGUAGUAAGGCUAAGAUGGGCAUCCAUGCCAACUCGUUUCUGCUUUCGGCAGUCACCUGGUUAAUAGGCUCAUUGAUAAUGGUCAUCAACAUCUACUUCAUAGCUAUUAGUUUUAUCAAGCUUUUGUUGCACAGCAAGUUGAAACUUGUAGCUGCCAUACUAUGUGGAAUCCUUGGAUUUUCAGGAUUAUUGAUAUAUUUAGCUUCGAUUGCUUACCUUAUCUUGCGUAAAAACCGGGAGAGUACCCAGCUUCUAGUACUAACAAGGGGUGAAGAUCAACAGCUUCCCCGAGAAGAUUUAGUUAACAUGCAACUGCCUCAGAGAAGAACAAGCGUAGAUGUUGAGUGAUAUAUAGUUGCUAUUCUUCAAUUUGGAUUUUGCUGAAAAAAAAUGUUUUAAAUGUUUAAUCAAUGAACAUUCUAAUUUAGAUCAAAGUUGUUGAAUUUGAGCCUAUAACUCCAAUCGAUAUUAUGCAGAAAUUGGCAAUGGCAGAAACAAAUACAAUUUAUGUGAACAAAUAAAUCCUUACUCGUCCAUUAAACAAAAUGU